UCACGCAAAAGGACAAAUCCAGUAAUUUCACACACACGGGAAUAACCCCAUCCAAACCCACCCACCCUAAAACCCACUGCAACCAACCACUAAAGAUUCCGGAACGUGGCGGCGCCCCCAUUUCAACGCCACCGGAAAGCACUCAAAUUACCGAAACACCCUUCACAAAGCCACAAAUGCAAAACCCAAUAUGGGCGACUAACCCAAGCAAGUCGCCCUUUUGGGGUCCGACAUUUCUCGAUCGUCAUUGCUCGAAACUAAUCAUUCAGUCUACCAGGAGGCUUAGCAGAAGAAGAAAAAAGGGAGGAGAGAGAGAGUGGGCGCUGAGGGCAAUGCCUUGUUCUUCUAUCAAUACAACGUCUUCUUCUACCGAUGACAACGGUGCUCUUCGUGCUUUCAAGCUGAGUGAGUCCACGUUUUUGGCUUCUCUGAUGCCUAAGAAGGAGAUUGCUGCUGAUCGAUUCGUCGAGGCGCAUCCUGAGUACGAUGGCCGUGGGGUUGUUAUCGCUAUUUUUGAUUCCGGUGUAGACCCAGCUGCCGCUGGGUUACAAGUUACCUCAGACGGGAAACCGAAGAUCCUUGAUGUUCUUGAUUGCACUGGCAGUGGAGAUAUUGAUACCUCAACUGUGGUGAAGGCUGAUUCAGACGGUUGUCUUCAUGGAGCAUCAGGGGCAACUCUGGUUGUAAAUUCUUCGUGGAAGAACCCUUCUGGGGAGUGGCAUGUGGGUUAUAAAUUGGUAUAUGAGCUUUUUACAGACACAUUGACUUCUCGUUUGAAGAAAGAAAGAAGGAAAAAGUGGGACGAAAAGCACCAGGAAGUAAUAGCUGAGGCUGUAAAGAAUCUUGAUGAAUUUGACCAGAAACACAUCAAAGUGGAGGAUGCACAGUUGAAAAGGGCUCGUGAAGACCUCCAAAACAGAGUUGACUUCCUCCAGAAACAGGCUGAAAGCUAUGAUGACAAGGGACCUAUUAUAGAUGCUGUUGUCUGGAAUGAUGGAGAACUAUGGAGGGUCGCUCUUGAUACACAGAGUCUUGAGGAUGACCCAGGGUGUGGGAAACUUGCUGAUUUUGUACCCCUAACUAAUUAUAGGAUUGAAAGAAAGUUUGGCGUGUUUAGCAAACUAGAUGCCUGCUCAUGUGUCGUUAAUGUAUAUGAUCAAGGCAAUAUCUUGAGUAUUGUGACAGAUAGCUCCCCCCAUGGUACUCAUGUUGCUGGUAUUGCUACUGCUUUUCACCCAAAGGAACCAUUGUUGAAUGGAGUUGCACCUGGAGCACAAAUAAUAUCUUGUAAAAUUGGAGACUCACGCCUAGGUUCAAUGGAAACAGGGACAGGCUUGACCAGAGCGUUAAUAGCUGCUGUGGAGCACAAGUGUGAUCUCAUCAACAUGAGUUAUGGAGAACCUACAAUGCUGCCUGAUUAUGGACGAUUUGUUGACCUUGUUAAUGAAGCGGUGAAUAAGCAUCAUUUGAUAUUCGUCAGUAGUGCUGGUAACAGUGGCCCAGCAUUGAGCACUGUGGGCUCACCUGGUGGUACCACUUCAAGCAUUAUAGGUGUUGGUGCAUAUGUAUCUCCUGCAAUGGCUGCUGGAGCUCAUUGCGUAGUUGAACCCCCAUCUGAAGGCCUUGAAUACACUUGGUCUAGCCGAGGACCAACAGUUGAUGGUGAUCUUGGUGUCUGCAUAAGUGCUCCAGGUGGAGCUGUAGCGCCUGUGCCUACAUGGACUCUUCAAAGACGCAUGCUUAUGAAUGGAACAUCAAUGUCGUCUCCAUCCGCUUGUGGAGGAAUUGCAUUACUUAUUAGUGCAAUGAAGGCUGAGGGCAUUCCAGUGAGUCCAUACAGUGUUCGGAGGGCUCUUGAGAACACAUCUGUCCCCGUGGGUGGUUUGCCAGAGGAUAAAUUGUCCACUGGGCAAGGGCUUAUGCAAGUUGACAAGGCACAUGGAUAUAUUCAAAAGUCUCGAGAUUUUCCAAAUGUUUGGUAUCAAAUAAAGAUUAAUGAAGCUGGUAAAUCAACUUCUACAUCACGGGGCAUCUACUUAAGGGAAGCUAGUCGCUGCCAUCAGUCUACUGAGUGGACAGUGCAAGUUGAGCCAAAGUUCCAUGAUGAUGCAAGUAAUUUGGAACAAUUAGUUCCUUUUGAGGAGUGUAUCGAGCUACAUUCCACUGAGAGGGCAAUUGUGAGGGCUCCUGAGUAUCUCCUUCUUACUCACAAUGGGCGUAGCUUCAACGUAAUUGUUGAUCCUACCAAUCUUAGUGAUGGCCUACACUAUUAUGAAAUUUAUGGAGUAGAUUGCAAAGCACCCUGGCGAGGUCCUCUUUUUAGAAUUCCUAUAACUAUAACAAAACCCAUGGUUGUAAAAAAUCAACCUCCGAUAGUUUCGUUUUCAGGGAUGACAUUUUUGCCAGGACAUAUAGAACGGAAAUAUAUUGAGGUUCCACUGGGUGCUAGUUGGGUUGAGGCCACCAUGCGGACAUCAGGAUUCGAUACUUGUCGAAGGUUUUUUGUCGACACUCUUCAGAUUUCUCCAUUGCAAAGGCCAAUUAAGUGGGAGAGGGUUGCAACAUUCUCAUCUCCCACUGCAAAAAAUUUCACCUUUGCAGUGGAGGGUGGCCGAACAAUGGAGUUAGCUAUAGCUCAGUUUUGGUCAAGUGGCAUAGGAAGUCAUGGAGCCACAAAUGUAGAUUUUGAGAUUGUGUUUCAUGGGAUUAACAUCAACAAAGAGGAAGUAGUACUUGAUGGAAGUGAAGCACCUAUCAGAAUUGAUGCCAAAGCUCUACUAUCAUCUGAGAAACUUGCCCCUGCUGCUGUUUUAAACAAGGUGAAAUGGGUUCCUUGUGUUGACAUGGGUGGUCAUGUGUGUCUGCUUUUUAUUUCUAUAUAUAUUUGUAAUGCUUUUUCUUUGUUAAAUUUUCAGGUACGAAUUCCAUAUCGGCCUAUUGAGGCUAAGCUUAGAGCUCUUCCAACAGAUCGUGAUAAACUACCCUCAGGCAAACAGAUUCUAGCAUUGACAUUAACUUACAAGUUCAAAUUGGAAGAUGGAGCUGAAAUAAAACCUCAAAUUCCAUUACUUAACAAUCGCAUAUACGAUACUAAAUUUGAGUCUCAAUUUUAUAUGAUUUCAGAUGCAAACAAGCGUGUAUAUGCAAUUGGUGAUGUCUAUCCAAAUUCUUCAAAACUUCCCAAGGGUGAAUACAAUUUGCUGCUACAUCUGAGGCAUGACAAUGUGCUGUUCCUGGAGAAAAUGAAGCAAUUGCUGUUGUUUAUUGAAAGAAAUGUGGAAGAUAAGGAAGCUGUUCGAUUGAGCUUUUUCUCUCAACCAGAUGGCCCAAUUAUGGGAAAUGGUGCUUUUAAGACCUCAGUUUUAGUUCCAGGAGUAAAAGAAUCCUUUUAUGUUGGCCCACCUAACAAAGACAAGCUCCCAAAGAACAUUUCUGAAGGAUCUGUACUGCUUGGAGCUAUCUCAUAUGGGGUACUAUCAUUUGGGGGUGAGGAAGGGGGAAAGAAUCCAAAAAAGAAUCCCGUGUCUUAUCAGAUAUCUUAUCUAGUGCCACCAAACAAGGUUGACGAGGAAAAAGGAAAAGGUUCUUCUCCAUCUUGCACCAAAAGUGUGUCAGAACGUUUAGAAGAAGAGGUUCGUGAUGCAAAGAUAAAGAUUCUUGGAAGCCUAAAACAUGGCACUGAUGAAGAGCGCUCAGAGUGGAGAAAGUUAGCUGCCUCUCUCAAGUCUGAAUAUCCAAAAUACACUCCAUUGCUCGCUAAGAUUUUGGAAGGUUUGGUUUCUGAGAGUAAUGCUGAAGACAAAAUUUGCCAUGAUGAAGAGGUUAUAGAUGCAGCAAAUGAAGUAGUUUGUAGCAUUGACAGGGAUGAAUUAGCAAAAUAUUUUUCACUCAAAAGUGAUCCAGAAGAUGAGGAGGCAGAGAAAAUGAAAAAGAAGAUGGAGACGACUCGGGACCAGUUAGCUGAGGCACUGUACCAAAAAGGACUGGCACUGGCAGAGAUUGAAUCUUUGAAACAGGGUGAGAAGGCUCCAGAAGCAGCUGCAGCUGAAGGCACAAAAGAUGUAGACAAGACUGAUGAUCAAUCUGCACCUGAAUCUACCCAACCAGAUCUGUUUGAGGAGAACUUCAAAGAACUAAAGAAAUGGGUGGACAUCAAAUCCUCUAAAUAUGGGACCCUCUGGGUGGUGCGUGAGAGACGCUGUGGCAGGCUCGGCACAGCACUGAAGGUACUAGUAGACAUGAUUCAAGAUAACGGAGAGCCUCCAAAGAAGAAGCUGUAUGAACUGAAGCUGUCGUUGAUUGAUGAGAUUGGAUGGGCCCAUUUGGCAUCGUACGAGAGACAAUGGAUGCUUGUGCGAUUCCCACCUAGCUUGCCCCUUUUUUAAGAUGUCUGAAACUAAGGCUGGAAUAGGAGAGUGCAGCUGCAGCACAGGAAGAAAACUGGGCCUUUCAGUGAAGCAACCAACCCAUGCAUCCAGGAUCAUCUUCAGCUCCUGGCAGUUGCCUCUGUUUUCCAUGGCAUUGAUCUUCAUCCUCACAUUAUGAAAAACCAGUACUUUCAGGCAUGUUUAAUAAGGGUGAGGAAAUUGAAUUUUACAUGAGAACAGGCCAGAUUUGUACAUUUGGCAUGUGCCAGUUCUGAUUAAGCAUAUGAGCUUUACAAUAAUUGAGAAUAUUCAGGGUUGGUUAGUUUCUUCUA